AAUUCUCUCAUUCAGUCGGACCAACUUGUGACCGAAGAAAGCAAAAUUUAAGACCUUAGUCUCUCUCUCGCUCUCUCUCUCUCUCUCUCUCUCUCUCUCUCUCUCUCUCUCUACUACGCACCAACCAGUCCUUUUGUUGGUCUUAAGAUAACUUACCGAUUUCUCAAUGGAUUGUUCUUCGUUUCUCGAUCUCAACACCAAUCCUUUCCCUGAAAAGCUGCUUCCGAAGAAGGAGGUUUCGGUUUCUGCUUCUACUCAAUUAAAAAAGAAAUGGUUGGAGCAAGACGAGAGCGCGAGUGAGUUAAGAGAGGAGCUAAACAGAGUUAACUCAGAGAACAAGCUUCUAACAGAGAAGAUAGCCACAGUCUAUCAGAACUACUACGCACUACAUCAUCAUUUGGAGAAGCUUCAGAGUCGACAGAGCCCUGAAAUCGAUAAGACCGAACAACCGAUGAAGAAAAGAAAACAAGACCCGGAUGAGCUCUUACGCUUUCCCAUUGGACUCGGUAGUGGAAUAACAGAGAAUAGCUCCAGCAAUGAAGAUCAUCAUCAUCAUCAUCAGCAGCAACAUGAGCAGAAAAAUCAGCUUCUUUCAUGCAAAAGACCAGUCACUGAUAGCUUCAACAAAGCUAAAGUUUCGACUGUCUACGUGCCUACUGAUACAUCGGACACAAGCUUGACAGUAAAAGAUGGAUUCCAAUGGAGGAAAUACGGACAAAAGGUUACAAGAGAUAACCCGUCACCUAGAGCUUACUUUAGAUGCUCGUUUGCACCGUCUUGUCCAGUCAAGAAGAAGGUACAGCGCAGCGCAGAGGAUCCGUCUUUACUGGUAGCAACAUACGAAGGAACGCAUAACCACUUGGGUCCAAACGCUUCCGAAGGUGAUGUUACAAGCCAGAACGGGUCAAACACUGUGACUUUGGAUCUGGUUCAUGGUAGUCAUAGAUUAGCUUUAGAGAAGAACGAAAGGAAUUCGAUGCAAGAGGUUCUGGUACAACAAAUGGCGUCUUCGUUAACGAAAGAUUCAAAAUUUACAGCUGCUCUCGCUGCUGCUAUAUCUGGGAGGUUGAUGGAGCAAUCUAGAACAUGAAAAGCUCCAGUGAAAUGUUUUUGUUUUGUUUAGUAGUAUAUCAUCACCCCUGGAAAAAAGAAUGGGGGUUUUCCUACUUUUCUGAAUUGUGUAUCUUUCGAUCAUUAGGAGAUAAAAAGAUGUAAACUUUAGUGUAAAUAAAAUUAUAUACUAGUAUGUUCGAGAAAUUUUAAAUGUUAGUUAGAUGAACAUUGAUUCGUCUGAAUUUAUGAAA